AUGUUGGCUGUGCAGAAUUAUUCUGUGGUGUCAGAAUUUUUGUUGCAUGGGCUCUGCAAAUCAUAUUAUCUCCAACGUGUUUUAUUUGUACUUUUCUCUGGUAUCUAUAUUGCCAUUAUGCUGGGCAAUCUCCUCAUUGUGGUUACUGUAAUUUCUGACCCUCACUUGCAUUCCUCCCCCAUGUACUUCCUACUAGGGAAUCUAUCUUUCCUGGACAUGUGGCUGUCCUCAUUUGCCACCCCCAAGAUGAUUAUGGAUUUCCUUAGUGAUCAAAAGCUCAUCUCCUUUGGAGGAUGUAUGGCUCAAAUCUUUUUAUUGCACUUUACUGGUGGAGCUGAGAUGGUGCUCCUGGUUUCCAUGGCCUAUGACAGAUAUGUGGCCAUAUGUAAACCUUUGCAUUACAUGACUAGGAUGAGCCGGGAGACUUGUAUCAGGCUGGUGUUAGUUUCUUGGGUCAUUGGAUUUGUGCACUCCAUCAGUCAAAUAGCUUUCACUGUGAACUUACCAUACUGUGGCCCCAACGAGGUAGAUAGCUUCUUCUGUGACCUCCCCCUUGUCAUCAAGCUUGCCUGUGUAGAUACUUAUGUCUUGGGUAUACUUAUGAUCUCAGAUAGUGGCUUGCUUUCCAUGAGCUGUUUUCUGCUCCUCGUGAUCUCCUACGCUGGGAUCCUCCUCACUGUCCAACAGCGUGCAGCUGGUGGUGUAAGCAAAGCACUUUCUACUUGCUCUGCACACAUCAUGGUAGUCACACUGUUCUUUGGACCCUGCAUUUUCAUUUAUGUGUGGCCUUUCAGUAGAUUUUCUGUGGAUAAGCUCCUGUCCGUGUUUUAUACCAUUUUCACUCCACUCUUGAACCCUCUCAUCUACACGUUGAGAAAUAAGGAGAUGAAAACAGCUAUGAUGAAAUUGUGGAAACGACAAGUGACUUUUCACUGA